GAUGGAGACCGUUAAUGCUGGACAGAUGAUGAGCUUAGCCGCUCUGCAGAGACAAGACCCGUACAUAACCAAACUGCUCGACGUUACCGGCCAGGUGGCUCUCUACAAUUUCAACUCCAAAGCGAACGAAUGGGAGAAGACCGAAAUCGAGGGCACGCUGUUUGUAUAUGCGAGGUCUGCCUCUCCUCACCAUGGCUUCACCAUCAUGAAUCGGCUGAGUACAGAGAACCUUGUGGAGCCGAUCAAUAAAGACCUGGAGUUCCAGCUGCAGGAUCCCUUCUUGCUCUACAGGAAUGGCAACUUGGGUAUCUACAGUAUUUGGUUCUAUGACAAGAGGGACUGUCAACGCAUCGCUCAGCUCAUGGUCAAGAUUGUGAAACAAGAAGCAGACUAUGCCCAGAGAAAAUCACCAGAGAAGGCAGAGCCAGGGAGAACCAAUGGCAUUGCAGAACCACGGCCCAUUGACAUCCUGGAGCUGCUCAGCAAAGCCAAGGAGGAAUAUCAGAGAGCUCAGGCGGGUGAAACAGACGUGUCUACAGAGCUGAAUGUAAAAGCACCUGUCAUUGCUACAGAGCGUGCCCUCAGCGCACCCCAGCCUGAAAAGAGCUCUCAUACGAUGGUGAAGCAGAUCACAGUGGAGGAACUCUUUGGCUCGUCUCUUCCCAAGGACCCCUCUCUACCCUCCAUGCCCCCACAGAAUGUCGCCUCCUCCCAUGAACCCUCCAAUGCCUACAUCCAGAAACAGCCGUAUCCCGCUCCAGGCCACCCAGGCUCACUCCUCCCUCCACAACUUGCAGCCCAAGACCCCGGGUCCAACCAGCGGCACCAAGCCCCUGGCCUCCUCCCAGCUCCUUACGCGCUACACCCCAGUCCUGUUUUCCAGUCAGUGGUCCCCCGGUCAGACCCCCAGCCUCACUGCUCAGUCUCCCCUCUCAUGGUGCCUCCAGCAGGCACGGAGCAUCGUGGCGCUCCCCCUGGUCCCACGGCACCUCCACCAGCUCCUACAGCCUAUUUGGGACAGGAGAUACUCAGCACGCUCAAGGCGGCAGUGCCGUCUGUAAAUUCAGACAUUCACAAACCCAUCCUCGCACCCAACUUCCUGCCCAGCACGCUGGUUCCGCCCUACAGCUUCCAAGAGCCCAUGGGGAAACCUCUUCUCCAGCACGGCAAAGAGAUGGAUGUUUUCGCGCAGCCCCCAAACCUGAUUAAACCAAUGUCUGCAGUGCCCAUGAGUCCAGGUCUUGCUGUUCCAGGGUCAGGGAUUUCGGUGCUUCUCUCCCCCAGUGCCUUCCAGCAGGCUAUCAAUAAGACAACAGCGGCUGCAUCGGUAGUUCCUCCCGCCCCCUCUGAGCCCUCCUCCGCCUCUGGAGGAGCUCCAGAGCCUCCACCAGCCCCCUGCAGCAAAACCCAGCUACAGGAAACUCUGAUACAUCUCAUUAAGCAUGACGCGGACUUCCUCAGUGCCAUUCAUGACGCUUACCUGCAGACUCUAUCCAAGGACUUCAGCAACAUGAAGCUAUAGUCCUGCCUCACUCGUCACCACUGUUUCUUUCAGUGCUACAACCUCUUUAUGACCACUGAAGAGACCAGAGGAUGAGUUUAAAGGAGUGCGGCGAACAGGUUUCGACACACUGGUACACCACAUCUGUCCAAAACACAUCUGUGUGCUAAGGAUCAUUACAGCAUGCACCGCACCAUUUAACCCCCCCUGUUUCUGGCUACUCGUGUUAUCCUGGAUCAACUUAUCGUCUGCUUAUGUCAAAUAGAACUACUGUGGGAAAGGAGGGGGAGAUCAGAUUUCCCAGUAUGGCCUUGAGUUUUCUUUUUAAACUUUCUAAAUAUGGUUAAACUGCUGGACGUUUAUCGGUAAAAUGUCAUUCUCUGGAGGAUGGGACCACAGUGACGCUUUUGGGGGGACCUCACAUCCCCUUUGACCCAGGGACAGACAAUUUUGCAGCUUGGACAUAAUGAGAAUCAAAGAUGCUGCCUCUCAUCACACGUCUGUGGAGUUCUCUCAGUCCAAAUCGGGAAAUGUAGUAACACACUUGUACUCCGACUGCUCAUUAAGACAAAGACCUCAGUGUUUGGGAUCUUAAAUGUGUCGAGUGUCUUUGGGGACCAACUGUCCCGCUGUGUGACGAUAAAAAGAGCAUCUCAGUUUGCUUUUUUUUCACUCACUGAACUCAGAAAACUGAAGCCUGUUUUUUCUUUUUCUUUUUAAAGCCACAGAGAC